AAAUUUAGAAGAAAAUAACUUGGAUUAAAUUAAAUUUCUUAGCGCCGAGCAAACAAAAUCCCCAAAUCCAACCACAAAUUUCACAAAUUUCUCUCCACUAGGGUUUACUCCAAUCCAAUUUCACCCUAAACUCACUCUAAAUGCUCCAAUUUCAACCAUCCUUUAACCUCUAAAUUCUCUAAUCGGAUCAUCGAUGAACGACGGCAGCAGCGGUGGUGUUAGCGGCAGCGGUGGUGCGGCGCCACCGUCGUCGUCGACAUUAUUAUGCGGCGGAGGACGGCAGCGGUUCGAGGUGGAGCUGCGGCCCGGAGAGACGACAAUUGUGUCGUGGAAGAAGCUUAUGAAAGACGCUAAUAAAGCGGCGAAGAAGAAUGACGAUAGCGAACGAGUUGUUGUAUCUGAUUCUGCUGGAAAGGCUCCGGCUCCGGCUCCGGUUGCAGUUGCGGUUAAUCCGGCGCUUGAUUCUCGCAUUGCGCCUGUUUCGGGAGUUAUUGCUGAAAAUGAAGGAGGUGAUGCACCCCCUGGUAGCCGUUUUAGCGCUGUCAUUGAGAAGAUUGAACGGUUAUACAUGGGUAAAAACAGCAGCGAUGAGGAAGAUCUUAAUGAUGUUCCUGACGAUGAUGAGUAUGAUACUGAAGAUUCUUUUAUUGAUGACGCUGAAUUGGAUGAUUAUUUCCAGGUCGAUAAUUCAGCAAUAAAGCAUGACGGAUUCUUUGUCAACCGUGGGAAGUUAGAACGCAUCAAUGAGCCUACUGCUUUGCCAAGUGAGCAACCAAAAAAGAGAAGAAGGAAGGAUUCAACAAAAGGUGGUAAUGGAAGCAAAGACGGUAAUGUGCCAAAUAAACAGAUGAAAGUUAGUAAGAAUGAAAAGAAGAAAAUGAUGGCAUCAGCAGACCAGAAUCCCACCACUCCCUCUCGUAGUUUAACUGUACCAACUGCACACAAUGAAAAUGUGAAAUACCAGAAUACAGUUAUUGCUCUUGGAACCGUUGUGAAGAAACCUUCUGAUUCUAAAACUAUCACCAAUCCAUCUCCAACCAAGAUUUUAAAUGGUGAAGUUGGAGUGACAGCAAAGAGCAUUGACAAGCAGAAAACUGGAGGUCUUCAAUCCAAAAAACAUGGUUCCAAAAUGAAAGAUGGAAGUCAAAGUCAAAAUCAAACCCCUGUUCUUCAAAGUCAGAGGACCAAUGACAAGGGUGCUGAUGUGUUAAAAUCUCAAGGGCAACCGCUUCAAUACUCAGGGGAGAAAAAUACAAUUCAUCAACAGGCAGAUAUCAAGGCUUCUGAGAUUACCCAGCAACCGCAGAAGGCUACACACAUGGUGAAAAAGGAAGGUUCUAGCAUAAAACCUAAAAGUACAAAUCUGCUGCUUGAAAAAGCUAUUAGAGAUUUGGAGAAGACAGUUGCAGAAAUAAGGCCACCAAGUAUGGAGGUUCAAGAAGCUGAAAAUUCAUCUCAGGCUGUCAAAAGAAGAAUGCCUCCUGAAAUAAAGCAAAAGCUGGCUAAAGUCGCUAGACUCGCGCAUUCUAUUCAUGGAAAAGUGUCAAAGGAGCUUCUUAAUCGUUUGAUGAGCAUUCUUGGUCAUCUGAUACAGAUCAGAUCCUUAAAGAGAAACCUUCAAAACAUGGUUGAUACGGGAUUGUCUGCGAAAGAAGAGAAAGAUGGCAAGUUGCAGCAGUUAAAGAAAGAAGUAGAUGAGAUGGUUAAGAUACGAGGUUCCAUGAUGAAGCCGGCGGCAAUUGAGCAGCAGGCUGGGUCAUCUGAUGAUUUUCAAGAACCUAGUACUAAAGAAAAAGAGAAAAGCAUAUUUACCACAGAUGAUGUUUUAGAGGACAAAAUUUGUGACCUUUAUGACUUAUUUGUUGAUGGGCUCGAUGAAGAUGCAGGCCCCCAAGUUAGGAAGCUUUAUGCAGAGCUUGCUGAACUGUUUCCAAAAGGCUGUAUGGACAACCAUGGGAUCAAACGAGCAAUUUGUCGGGCAAAAGAUAGGAGAAAAGCAUUAUACAAGCGCAAGGAUCAAGAGAAAGUGAAGAGGAAAAAAAUAGUUCCCACCAAAACAGAGACCGUUACUGUUGAUGCUGGAUCUACGGGUCAGGUGCAUCACACGCCUGAUAAGCAAGAUUCAAGUGCACCUGUGAGGUCAAUAUCCACCACACUGGUGGCUGCAACUGCCGUCACUGCACGACCGUCAGCUCCGACCACCGACAAGCCAAAACAAGAGAAACUUAAAGGUAAUGCUAACAUUCAGAGUACCACAACGGUUUCAGAAGUUGUGAAGAAGAUUGCAAAAAGGAAACCAGAGUCGGAACUGCAUGAUGGUCAAACUCAAGUUCAACUCUCAGAGAAGUUAAAACUCUCAGAGAAGUUAAACUUAGCACAAGGGAAGCAAAUGAUUGGUGGUGUUGUGAAGCCCGCCACUCAGCCACCACCGGCUGCUUCUACCAUUGAUGUCGGUCAACCAAAGGUGGUGAAUAGCUCAGUUGACAUGGUUUAACUUGAGCGUACUGACCAAAUCCCGAGCAACAAUUUAUAUCAAUCUGUCUGAUGGUUGUGCUAUGGAUUUGGCACUUUGAGGUCUAACUUAAUAUCAAAGUUUAUAGGUGUAGGAUGUUUGAAUAGCCAACCUUUUGUUUUUGCCAGCCCUCCUUCGUGGAUACAUGCAGCUGUUUUGAAGUUUUUAAAACUCAGUUUGCGGUCACUUUUUUUUAAAGAGUUUUAUAGUUGAAGUUUCUGUUUUAAAUUUUUUA